UUUUACAUCAAUCAGAAUUCCUUCCAAUUCAUUCUUCAUGACACGUUGAAUAAAUUCGCCACGUGUACAAUAAUAAUAAUUUUGUGAGUUAUUGAUAAGAAAACACAUCCCGAUAUUAAACAAAAAUGUCUGAAAUGUUGGAAAUUCUAAAGCUAGCUGAUUUAUAUUUAUCGAAACAGAGGAGCAUAUCUGGUAAUAAUUCUGAGGAAUUAUCCGAAAAAAUCAUGCUGAAUAUUGAUGAAAAAUUUCGAGAAAUGUUGAAAACAUCAUUUCAAAUACUUAGUUUUUCAUUAAAUAAAAUAGGAAAAUUUCCAAAAAAAGAAAACAAGAUAUUUACAACACUAGAAAGCAAAAUACUUAAGAUGAUUAAACCAAUGACCAACAAAACAGAUAUAGAAUUUGAUAACAUUGUAGCUUUUGCAUUAACUUUAUUAAAUUUUGGUAUAAUACACAUGAAAAUAGAAGGAAAUAUGAAAAAAAAUACAGACACCCUACUUGCAAAUAGCAUGAAAAUAGAAAAUAAAAUGGAACAAAAUACAUGCAGCCUAUAUACAAAUGCAAAGAAAUUCUUCCUAGCAUGUCUAGGUGUGUUAGAAGGCAAAGAGCUAGAUAGUAAAGCUAUUUUGAUAAUUAUGAAAGCAUAUAAUAAAAUUUCAUUUAUUUUGUUAGAAGAACUAAAAGUAGAAGAAAAUAAGGAUUUUUUAUUUCAUGCUCUCAACACGUAUGUUAAAUACACAAAAAAUGAAUAUUCUACUCCUAUUGAUGUUGCAAUUACACUUGGCAUUGGAGAAGAUGUAAAAGAAUUGGAUACUAAAAUGGUUUUAGACAAUUUUUACCUAGAAAUAUUACAAACGCUAUUAAUAGAGUAUAUCUAUAAUCCAGACAUGUACAUGGAUGAAUUUGUUAACUGUAUGCAUAAUUUAUUGAACAAUCUAAUAAAGGAAGAGUCUAUACGUCAAUAUUAUAAGGAUUGGGCUAUGACUGCAGCUGACUUAUCUCUAUAUUUUAUACACCACAAUCGCUUUACUGAAGCUAGACAUUAUAUUGCCGCUGCUUACUGUAUGCUUAAGAAAGCUAAUGUGGAAACAUUAACAAAGAUGACAGAGACAACAAUAAAUGACAGAGAUUCAAAUUUACUAUCGAAUACGUUGUGUACAGAGUAUUAUCCAUAUGAAUAUGCGAAAAUUGCUAAAUUAUGCGGACAAUAUGGAAUUCAGCUUUUGCAUGCGUCAAAAGAAAAAUUAUUACCAAGUAAAGAAAAUCAAUCUUGUGAAGUUGAUAAUUUAGAAUGUUUCAAUUCUACAAAAUCGGAAGAAAAAUUAGCACAAUAUUUAAUAUUUACUGAUUUGGAAGAAGAGCUAAAAGAUAAGAUUUCAUUUACUCAGAUCUCUGAUAAAUAUUUGUCAAAUUUAAGUGAUAUUAAAAUAGUUUUUGAAAAGGUUAUAGCAUGGUUUGAAAUAGCAAUAAAUUAUUUUACUAUGGAGAAGGACGCGACAAUUCAUGGAGAAAUUAUAUUAUAUAUAUCCAUAGCAUACAAAUAUUUUGCAGGCUUUGAGCAAGACAAAGGUAAACGGAUGAUAAUAUAUAUGAAGCAAAUAGCACUUUUAUUUGAAACAGUUGAAAAAUUACCACAUGAAAAAUCUUUAUAUAAUACCAAAACAUUUAUGUGGCUUGAAUUGGGUAUUACUUAUUCAGUACUUUUCAACAUAUUGGGUGAUGAUAUAACAAUAUCUGAUGUAAAAACAGAUCGGGAACUAUUAUCGAAAAUAGAAAUCACUAUGCGCAAUUGCAUGAAUUGUUUUAAAUUUUAUUUAUAUCCUGAUGAAUCCUAA